CUGGUUAUGCACGGUUGUUUACCUUAAGCCAAAUAAGAUUGGUGUAAUUUUGCGAUUUCGUGUUAAAGAUAUCCUUUUUAUUGUUCUAUAUUGAUAACAAGAAUAUGAAAUAUUAAUAGAGACGUGUUCACCGGGAUUUAAAUUCACAAAAAAAAGAAGAAACAGCUGUUUAUAUGAAAUUACAUAAUCGCGUACGCAGAAGUUGAUCAGGUACUAACCUUUAAAAGUCUGCAGUUGAUCGUUACAAAAUUGAUGGAAUGAUUGUAAAACCUAAACGGAAAAGACAUCAACAAAAGUGAGAUCCGCGUUCUACUGCAUAUGUGACAGUGACCAAUGACGUGAGCCCGGCUUCACAGACACUGAAUUCUUCCCGAGAGAGCAUAGCAAUAUUAAGUGAGAAUCGCUACAUAUGAGCUGCCGACACUGACGUUUAAUAUCGGAGCAUAUGGUUAUGUAUGUGAUAAUUGGGGAUACGAAGUUCUGCAGACAGACAACAAACGGACCUAAGUCGGUCGACAUUCCUAUUUAUAUUGAGUGAAUGAAAUGAAAGUGUAAUGGUAUAUAAGUCAUCAGUUAAAGUGUUCACUUCUGUUUAGAUAACGACAAUCAAGCAGGCCCGGAAUCACUUCAAUCACGCCGUGGUCAUAAGAAACAAUUUACGAGAUGAAAUCAGCAUUUGACGAGCGGCAGUAUAAUACGAGCUAAUUUGGAGAGACAAUAAUCGAAUAAACGCAGGCCUACGAAUGUUCAGGAGAAAUUGUUGAGUGCUCCGCCGCAGUGAACUUGUUCUCGUGCUGUUGUUUGCCGCGUCUUGGCAUUGAGGACGGAUAGCAUCGGAAGCAAUUAGGUAUAUUAGAUCUCCUUAAGUUUCUUUGAAAACUCCAUAAACAACGAUGACUCUGGAUAUGUGCGGCAGUGUUUUCUGGAAAUAAACAGUGUUUAGAAGAAAUGCUAUAGUGUUAUGUGAUGUAAAUAUAAUUAUUAUUAGCAUACUUAAUUUUAUGCAUUCUAAAGUCUUGGCGAGGUAUCAGUUGGAAGUAAUAAACCGUGUUUUACUCGCAGGUAUCAACAAGUGAUUGAGGAACCUUUGGUCUAAGGUCAUGCUACGGAAUUGCAGGAUUGUUCUCCUGCUGUUAUUAAUUCAACAAUUAACCUAUAUACAUUCCAUUGACGGCGAACUCUUCCCUGAUGAUGAUCUAACAGGUUCAAAAGAGAGUAAUGCUCGUGACAUUCACGGCGUAAGUGACUUGCAACAUGUUUCAGCAAUUCCUGAUAAUGGGAAUACGUUAACAAGACAAUACCCAGGGGAUAUACUGUUGAAGGAGGGAAGGCAUGCUGGGGAAAUUGACAAGCGGGCCGUACAGAGAAAAGAUUCAGGUAACACUAACGACACGGCGUCCCCUUCUACCGCCGAUGCGGUCGACAGUACCACAAAGGCGCACCCAAGCGGCGAGGAGGUGCACGAGGAAGGGAACCAUGUUGAGCCCACCCGGAUGCAGGUUGCCUCAUGGAACUUUGAGCACGUGCGGGGGCCACUCAUAAUCGCAGUGUUCCUUAUAACCGCCGGUGUCGCUAAGCUAGGUUUCCAUCACGCAAACUUUCUGUCUUCAAAGGUGCCAGAGUCAUGCCUGCUCAUCAUACUGGGUACCAUUGUCGGGGCCGUCCUGUACGGUGUGAUACCGGCGGGCAGCAGCCACGAAACACUACGGCCAACCCUGGAUUCCGAUCUAUUCUUCCUCUACCUACUUCCGCCGAUAAUCCUGGAGUCUGCCUACAGUCUGCACGACCGGACAUUUUACGACAACGUGGGGACAGUGAUGGUCUAUGCAGUUCUGGGAACAGUUCUCAACUGCUUCAUGAUUGGCCCCUCUCUGUACGGAGUGUACCAGACGGGAGCGAUGGGUUCCGGUAUGCCUCCCAUCUCCCUGGUCCAGUGUCUCGUCUUCAGUGCCAUCAUCGUGGCUGUGGACCCAGUAGCCGUGCUGGCGAUUUUCCAGGAGAUCGGGGUCAACAACACUUUGUACUUCCUCGUCUUUGGGGAGUCGCUGUUUAACGACGCGGUAACAGUGGUGCUAUACAACAUGAUGAAGACACUGAACAGGAUGGAACACAUCACUGUCGACCAGAUAUGUAUCGGGGUAGUUCAGUUUUUCGUGGUGAGUCUGGGCGGGUUAGGUAUUGGUAUCAUUCUUGGGAUGCUGACCGCAGUCCUUACCAAGUAUACGGAACAUUGCAGAGUGGUGGAGCCCCUUGCAGUGUUUGUCCUGGCCUACAUAUCGUACCUGGCCGCGGAGAUGUUCCACCUCUCCGGUAUUAUCAGUAUUAUAGGUUGCGGUCUGGUCCAGGCCCAGUACGCGUUCCACAAUAUCUCCCGGAAGUCUUACACCACUGUCAAAUACUUCAGUAAGAUGAUGAGCGCCACGAGUGACUGUGUGAUAUUUCUGUUCCUUGGGAUAUCGCUGUUCAAAGCUGACGUGCUCAACCUAGAACACUGGCAUUUGGGAUUCAUACUUUGGACACUUCUAUUCUGUCUACUCUACAGAUUCAUAGUGGUGUUUCUCCUGACUGUGAUCAUUAACCGGUUGCACAGAGUCCGAAAGAUAGAUCUAGAAGAACAGUUCAUCAUGGCAUACGGUGGGUUGCGAGGAGCCGUGGCCUUUUCCCUCGUCGGUGUUCUCAACCCCAAAAACCUGCCGAAGGGACACUUUCUCACGACAACACUCACAGUUAUAUUUUUCACCGUCUUCAUUCAGGGCAGCACGAUCAAGCCACUGGUCAAGCUUCUGCGCGUGAAGAUGGAGAAGAAAGAGCAACAGCUGCUGAGCGAGGAGAUCAACAGUCAUGUGACGGAUCACGUGAUGGCGGGAAUAGAGGAAAUAUCGGGCCAGCGUGGCUCGAACUCCUUCCGGGAGAAACUCGAGCAGUACAACAGGCGCUACCUGAAGAUCUUCCUUCAGAGGGACCCUGUCUCCACAGACGAUCAGAUCAUGGCCUACUUCAACAAACUCGCACUACAGCAGCAUUUCGAGCACUUGGGUGGCAGCAAGAUGAUCAUGGAGAAGUACGGCAGCGAGCAGGUCUCCUUGGAAGAAUUCCCUAUUGAUGAUGAUGAGGCAUUUCCGGGUACGCCGAGCGAGGGAGGGUCUGUCUGUGGUGACAUCACAUUCCCCGUGCCGUCUCUCAACGCUUCCUCCGAGGACAUAAACUCGGAGCUAGACCGCGAGAUGAUGGAGUCACAGGCCACUCGCCGUAGGAAGUCUUUGUUCCCCGUAGCGUUAACGCGUGAUAUGGAGACUCGUCUUCAGGACAACCCAACCGCCAUGGACGUCCGGAAGAUAAUGGUGCCAUCCCGCAGACAUCAACAAUAUAAACGCCUAGACAAAAACCUCAAGAAUGAUAAUAGCGAGAAUGACCUACUAACAUACCUCCAGAACAAACAGAUGCGAACGCGCCGGAUGUCGCAGGCGCUGUGGAACACGCCCAUCAGCGAAUCACCGGAAAUACCGGAGAAUCGGCCGCGUCGGAAGAGCCUAGCGCCGAAUGUUGCCACAAACAACUACAGACGUCGCCUCAGUUUAGCUGUACCUACUCCGGAUCAUGAGGGCGGCAGGCGGCGAGGCGUCAGCGUCGGAAAUGUGCUCAAAGGGCUUGAUUCCCCCGCCCGUCGUCGGCUAAGGUUCCGACGAAAUGCCCCGUCGACAGCAUCCUCUGAGGACCGAGUAGAAACCUCAAACUUGUGCCCAGUGUCAGAAAAUGAAAAUGAAGAAGACAAUAAUGGUGUGAAAUUCUGUCUAGAAAACGAAAUGGAAUCGCGGGAUAAAAAGUUAUCGCAUGCGUCUAACGCAGACCGAGACCAGAGCAAUGUAGACCACGUGACCCACUUCUAACAUUGCAACCUUCAAGUUGGCGCAUGCGCCUGACACAAACCGUACCGAUAAUAGUGUAAAGCACGUGACCCACUACUAAUAUUGAAACCUCCAAGAUUGCGCAUGCGGCUGACACAAGCCGUACCAACAACAAUGUGGAGCACGUGACCCACUUCUAAUAUGGCAACCACCAAGAUUGCGCAUGCGCCUGACACAAGCAGUACCGACAACAAUGUAGAACACGUGACCCGCUUCGAGCACGACGGCCAAGCUUCAAGCAUGCAACGAAUGUUGUUUUUAUUUCAUUUUGUUUGUUUUGUUUUUCAUUUAAUGUUUUAAUGUUAUCCUACUUGUUAUUAACACGACCAUUUUGAAAGUGCAUCUGCAGUUGUGGUAAAAGCCAGAAGAAGAAGACACAAAGGAAAUACAAUAUCGAAUCUUCAGCUUGGUUGCCCGAAUAUCAACAUAUCAAACAAUAACAAUUAUUUCCUUUAUUUAUCAUGGUAAAAUUUGUUAUAAUACAUUAUAUUAAAAUGUCCAUACAGAACCGGUUUUACAAGAUGGAUAUGUUAAUCACAAUGUAUUCCUUAUAUUGAGAACUUCAAUGUCAUCAGUGAUAGCCAAACAUUUUUGAGGGGAACAAUUAGACCAUUAUACCGUGGUAUACAUGAUGCGAUUGUAAUACCAGACUCUCUAGCAGCUCCUAGUUUUUUUAAAGUGCUCCUAAUUUUUCCUAGUUUUUUUUCUAAAAUGCUCUUGGUAUUACUAGUUUUUUUUUAUUUGCAGCAUUAUGUCAAUUUAUCAUGAAAUUAUGAAAGUUUCAAUUUUGUGUUUUCAUUGUGUUUUGAAGAUUUUCUUGCCGAAAUAAUAUUAUGUAGAGCUGUUCAGCUGACUUGCCUAUGCUACUGGAAGUAGUGGAUUCGUGUCAUUGAUACAUAGUUUAGCCUUUACCCAUGGUGUUUAAGGUUGGACUAUGCCAGGGUGACGCCAAACAGAAGCAAAUUUACAGUCAGCUGAACACUUAUAUGUAAGGUAAUUGGACAGUUAAGCAGUAGUAAGGUAAUACUUAUCUGAUAAUACCUCCUAGUUUUUGUCUCAGUAUUCCUAGUUUUCCUAGUUUUCUGCUUGAAAAAAAUCCUAUUUUUCCCCUAUUUUUUUCCGAUGUAUUUCUGGAGAGCCUGUAAUUCACGCAAAUUCAAUCUCGCUUUAUUCAUUAUCAAUACAAUGUGUUUGAUUGCUUGGUAAAUCAAAUGAAGGCUUAAACCGGUCUUCUUACGGUCCUAUAAAAAAGUGCUGUUAUUGCAAUUUAACAUGUUCGUAUGUUGCAUUGUGUCCUAGAUACAGGCGUGGUUAUAGGCGUGGUAAUAGCAUGCAAAGCAUGAAACAUCGUUCCAGCUAUGGGUUUUUAGUGGCAUGUUUUGUGUGUAUUAUUGUUAUUAACAAACAUCUGCUGCCAAAAUCUGUGUUAUGGCAUUGACUCGUCAAUCACUAAUUGGUCAAAAACAACAAAGAAUUCGGUAAGACUUAGAAAGAUGCCUAGAUCAACUGUUUACUAGAGCUAUAGUGCGUAUGCAUAUUGGAGCAAUUUCAGAGUUUGAAAAGAGGAUAUGUUUUGUUAAUUAGAGUAGAGUUCAAUAUGCAUGUCUGUUUCAGCAGGGAUUUUCAUCAAUACAUUAACCUGUGAUAAAUACUUGUUUGUUGUUUGAAAAUGUUUAUUAAAGAUUUUAAAUGUU